UUGGGCAUUUGGUAGCUUCCAGUCUUGAAGCAGACUGCCAUAGGAUUGGAACAAGGUGCUUUGGCCAAAGGUGGUCAGUGGCAGGGUGCCCUGAGCCUUUUGGAUUCGAUGACACGUGCAGAAGUUGCACCCAAUGACUUCACGUACAGUUCGGCCAUCAGCGCUUGCUCUGAGCCUGGUGAAUGGCAAAUAGCACUGGAGCUAUUGACUGCCAUGAAAAAAGCAGAGCUGCCUUUGGACAACUUCAGUUGUGCCAGUGCCAUCAACGCCUGUGCAUCUGGCGCGGCAUGGGAGCAAGCCGCAAGCAUUUUAGUCUCCGGUACUGCAGAUGUGGUCUGUGUGAAUGCUGCCCUGAGUGCCUUCGAAAAAGCCUCGCGUUGGCAGCAUGCCCUGCACCUCUUUGACCGCAUGGGGCUGCAAAAGGACAUCUUCAGCUACAACUCCGCCAUCAGCGCUUGUGAGAAGGGCUCACGUUUGCAGGACGGCCUGGAAUUGUUGGAUAUGAUGUGCCUUCACCAGUUGCAACCCGAUGUGUUUACCUUCAGCAGUUUGAUCAGUGCAUGUGAAAAGACCAGCAGCUGGCCAUUGGCCUUGGACCUGCUCUGCAGCAUGGGGCGCUGGGCUGUGCGACCGAAUACGGUGAGCUUCAACGCCUGCAUCAGCGCCGCUGGCGGAGGUGGAGCGUGGCAGCUGGCGCUGGAGCUCCUGCGGAUGCUGGAGCAGCUGGUGGACGCCGUGUCUGGCCAUGCGGCCAUCAGUGCAUGCGAGGAGUGCGGUCAGUGGGAGGCCGCACUGCAUAUUUUGACAUGCUGGAUGCCGUCCAACGGCCUUCCGGUUCAUGUCAUUGGCGUGAGCAGUGCCAUCAGCGCCUGUGAGAAGAGCAGCCGUUGGAUGGAAGCACUGCAGCUCCUUCGCAACAUGGGCUCUUGGAGAUGCCAAGCCAAUGACAUCAGCUACAACAGUGCCUUGAAAGCGGCCGAGAGGGCGGGGCGUUGGCAGAUCUCAUUGUGCUUGUUGGAAGAGAUGGAGGAAGUCUUGGGCGCUGAGACCUUGCCGAAGAGGGGCAGUUCAAGUUUUGAUCACCUCAGGAUUUGAUCGCCUAUAACACCGCCUGCAUGGCCCUGAGCAGCUCCAUGGCCUACCAGAGCGGCGCCCUACGGAGUCUGCCGCGGUUGUUGAAUGAGCUCCCCUGCAGAGCCGCUAGGGCCGUCCAGGGCCUCCAGGCCAUAUGAUUUUUUUUCUGAAAUGGCCCAAGAAAGGGGGAUAACUUGGA